AUGGGGAAACACACACAAGGUGCCGCCAGGGCUCUGCUGAAUGAAGGAGAGGAGAAUGAGAUGGAAAUAUUUGGGUACAGAACAGUACGAUGGCAGAAAGGACUUUGCAUUACAGGAUACGUAUUUUCCUUUGGAUUGCUCUGGCUCUUGUUUUACUGGAAACCUGAAUGGAGUGUCUGGACCUGCUGCUCACCAUGUGUACUGGAAGAAGCUGAUAUCGUAUUGCUCAGAGCAACGGAUGAAUUUAAACACUAUACCAGAAAAAAUAUUCAAUGGACAAAUCUCUCUGAGUUGACCUCCCUACAGCAGAUCAAAACUUCAGACCACCCAUUCAAUGAGGAUUACAACUGCAUCAUCAACAAAGCAAUCCUAAUACCGGAUCUGAAAGUUAAAUGUAUUUGGGUGCAGAAAAUCAAGUAUGUCUGGUUACACUCAGAGAAAAGCUUCCAAAAGGCUGGGACACUGGAAGAUGCUUAUUCAUGUUCCCAGCUACACUUUAGGUUUGGUUCAGGUAUGACUAUGGAGGAACAAAAAUUAAGGAGGAACAUUUGUGGACCAAAUGCCAUUGAAGUUGAAAUUGUUCCAAUAUGGAAACUGCUCUUCAAAGAGGUUUUAAAUCCUUAUUAUCUGUUUCAAGUAGCCAGUCUAAGUCUGUGGAUGGCCGAAGGAUACAUUGAAUAUUCUAUAGUUAUUAUAGUGAUUACCAUUCUUUCCAUCAUUCUGACAGUCUAUGAUCUCAGACAGCAAUCUGUGAAACUCAGAAAUCUGGUGGAGUCUAAUAACAGUGCAAUGGUGACUGUGCACACCAGUGAUGGGGAUAAUGACGAGAUGGAAUCUAGGCACUUGGUUCCCGGUGAUCUAAUAGUCCUUACUGGUAGAAAGUUUUUCCUUCCCUGUGACUGUAUCCUGCUGAGAGGUAGUUGCAUUGUGAAUGAAGGCAUGCUGACAGGAGAAAGUAUCCCGGUCACAAAAACACCUCUUGACCAUGUGACAAGCUGCACUCCAUGGAAAGUGCACAGCGGAGAAGAUUACAAAAGACAUGUGCUAUUCUGCGGGACUGAAGUCAUCCAGACAACGCCAUCCGGUUCUGCUCCUGUAACAGCUGUUGUUAUGCGCACUGGUUUCAACACAGCCAAAGGAGAAAUGGUGCGAUCAAUUUUGUAUCCCAAACCUAUGAAUUUCAAGCUGUACCGAGAUGCUACUAGAUUUCUGAUAUGCCUAAUUGUGAUAGCCAUUAUUGCCUUCAUAUACUCUGUGGUCCUAUUCACCGUUAAAGGGGGAACUGUACGUGAUAUUAUCGUCAAGUCCCUGAUUGCUGUGACAGUUGCGAUACCUCCCGUGCUUCCUGCUGCUGUGGCACUAGCCAUCAUGUACUCUCAGAAACGGCUCAAGAGGAAAAAAAUAUUUUGCAUUAGUCCACAAAGAAUCAAUGUGUGUGGGAGAAUAAAUCUGGUUUGCUUUGAUAAGACUGGUACUUUAACAGAGGAUGGCCUUGAUUUAUGGGGGGUUGUUCCGUCCAGUGAAAGCAGAUUUCAGAAAGUUCACAUGUUUACAAGUGGAAAUAGUUUGGCGUGGUGCCCACUCCUAGGGGCGAUGGCCUGCUGCCACUCACUGAUAGUUCUGGAUGGAAAAAUUCAGGGAGAUCCUUUGGACCUGAAGAUGUUUGAAGGCACAAAUUGGGAAAUAGAUCAAACAUAUCAGGGGGACCAUCCUGAGGAUAAUUCAGGAGCGCACCAUCUAGUUGUGAGACCAGUACUUGGCUCCAGUAUAGUCCCUGAGAAAGGACUUGCCAUCCUACAACAGUUUCCCUUUUCCUCCAGUCUCCAGCGGAUGUCUGUGAUAUCUCAGGUUAUAGGAAGUGAAGAACACUUGGUAUUCAUGAAGGGGGCACCAGAAAUGGUGGUACGGUUUUGUACUCCAGAAUCAGUUCCUGCAAAUUUUUCCAGUGAACUCCAGCUAUAUACACUUCAGGGUUUCAGAGUGAUAGGUCUGGCAUAUAAAACAAUGCAGUGCACUAAGGACAUGAACACAGACAGUUACAUGAGGGAGGAGGUGGAAUCUGGCCUUUUGUUCCUUGGUCUUCUGAUAUUAGAAAAUCGUUUGAAACCACAAACCAUUCCAGUAUUGAAUGAGAUGAACAAUGCGUUAAUCCAAGUUGUGAUGAUAACAGGUGAUAAUCUUCAAACAGCAAUAACUGUAGCAAGAAAUUCUGGCAUUGUGCAGAAACAUGGCAGAGUGAUCCUAAUUGAGGCAUGUGAGCCAACCGCGAGCUCUCCUGCGUCUAUCACAUGGAAACAAAUGGAAAACUAUAACUCUGAUGUGGAUGAAAUGACAGUAUUUCACAUUGACAAAUGUAAUGAAGCUCAACAAAAUGACAACUACUAUUUUGCGAUGACUGGGAAAGACUAUCAGGCUGUAGUACAACACUUCUAUGGCUUGCUGCCAAAGCUGUUGCUGAAUGGUGCCAUUUUUGCAAGAAUGUCUCCAGGCCAGAAAUCUAAUCUAAUAGAAGAAUUCCAGAAGCUAGAUUAUUAUGUGGCAAUGUGCGGAGAUGGAGCCAAUGAUUGUGGAGCUUUAAAAAUGGCACAUGCUGGAAUAUCGCUGUCUGAGCAGGAGGCAUCUGUGGCUUCACCAUUCACAUCUCAAAUAACAAAUAUUCAGUGUGUUCCUGACCUCAUAAAGGAAGGACGAGCAGCUCUGGUCAGUACUUUCGCUGUGUUCAAAUACAUCACUCUAUACGCCAUGAUAGAGCUUAUUUGCCUGCUCCUACUCUACUGGCAAUUGAAAAUAGUGGGUCUGUACCAAUACCUUAUCCAAGAUGUGGGAAUUACAAUACUGGUCACCCUAACAAUGAGUUUAACAGAGGCAUAUCCAGUAUUGGCUCCCUACAGACCGCCAGCACAGCUAAUAUCUCCCCCGCUCCUGCUAUCAGUGUUCUUUAAUAUUAUUCUCAAUAUGGCUAUUCAGAUCUGUGGCUUUGUACUGGUACAGCAGCAACCGUGGUACAGCACAUCUAACUUUAGUGCUUGUGUAAGAAAUACUGAUGGUAAUCUCAGCAUCACAAAUGGGAGCAUUACAGCAGUGCACGAAUAUUCUGAAUAUGAAAACUAUGAAAGCACAACUUUGUUCGCAAUAGCCACAAUGAGUCUUAUAAUUGUUGCAUUUGUGUUUUCCAAGGGAAAACCGUUCAGGAAACCUUUGUAUACAAACUAUAUCUUUGUCUGUUUGCUGCCAAUACAACUAGCUUUGGGUCUCUUCAUCAUCUUUGCUGACAUUGACCGUAUAUAUAUAGCAUUACAACUUGUCUGCACCCCCACCAUUUGGAGGGUGGCCAUUAUCAUAUUGCUGAUAAUUUUCUUCCUUGUGUCUUUCGCUGUAGAGGAAGCUAUUAUUGAAAAUAGACGACUUUGGCUGUAUUUAAAAAGACUGUUUAAUUAUCGGUCUCACAGCCAGUACAGAGUAUUAUACAGAGCACUUCAGAAUGAUCCCGACUGGCCUCCGGUGAACACAACACAAUAUGCCAACACAGACAGCAAAGACAACAAUGGGGCUGUCUAUUGUAAUCCAUGUUACAUGGAUGAUGAAAAUGGAAUAAAUGUAUAAUGGAUUGUAUGGUUUUACAUAUGACGAUGAGUUCUCCAUGAAGAAAAAGAAUAGCAGCAAAAAAGCAGUUUCUCACCUCUUGUGAUGUUACUGUUACUCUAUUAUACCUGUUUUCUCAUCACUACAAAAAAUGAUGGAAGAAUCAAGUUUCAUCAUCUUUUACACAUACUGAGGCUGACAGAGUUGAAUGUACGCCUGUUUGUGGAAUGUCUCUUGCAUAGUUUCUCACUGCACAUGCUUUGAAACCAACUGUAAGCAAGUACUGUACAUGAGAUCCAGAGUCUAUACUAAUGAGGCAAUACUCAAUUUGUGAGUUUAGGGAUGAUGGAAUAUCAGAAUACUGUCUUGGAUACUGUUGCCCCUAAGGGGCGAAAUGAAAAUAAUUCUCUUUCUAUGUUUGAGUGUAAGUAUGGGGAUCUGAUCGUGUAAUGACUUGGCAUUAUAAAAGCGAGUUUUUCUGAUAUUCCAUCAUCCCUGUUUUUUAGGACAUAUGUUGUGGUUUGCACUAUAAAGAUGUGUUUUUA